GGUAGAAGGCUUCCGGCUCGACUGUUCAGAAUUAAAUGCUUCAGUUAGUUCGGCCAUGGCGGAAAGCGGCGGCGGCAGUCAUCGGAAAGUGUGGUUUGUCGGCGGCGAUCCCCAGGACGGAUAUGUUUUGAGCGGAAAAUCGAUCUUCAUCUCCGUCGUCUUCCUCCUCGCCGUGGUGGGUUUGAUGCUGGGAUUCCAUCUGAUCGCGAAAUGGUACAUCGCCCGCCUUCGCCGGCGGCAAUACGAGCGGCGGCGGGAUAUGCUGGUCAGCCGGUCGCAAAUUCUGAUGUACAUCGACAGCCUCUCCGCCGUGGACCGGGGGCUGGAGCCGCAGGUUCUCAAUUCUCUGCCGCUCUAUAUCUACACGCCGAAGCCGGAGCAGUCGCCGGAGCAGUCGCCGGCUGCGGCGGAGUGCGCCGUCUGCCUGUCGGAAUUUGAAUUUCAGGACGUGGUGCGUCUGUUGCCGAAAUGUAACCACUGUUAUCACCUCGAGUGUAUCGACACGUGGUUCCGGUCGCACUCCACGUGCCCAAUUUGCCGGUCGGCGGUGGAGCUGGUGGCGGGGACAGUAAUCCGGCCGAUCUGGAAGUUCAAUUACGCGCCGGAGGACGGAAAUGGAGAUUCCGAUGGGGGCGCGGCGGCGCAACCCGGGGGGCGGCGGAUGGAGAUGGAAUUGGUGGAGGUGAGGGUGGAGAUGCCGCCGUUGAGAGUUACGGUGGAGAACGAGAUCAGUCAGAAUGCUGUGGCGAAUCAGUUGUCGUUGACGAGAAUCAGAAUGCCGCCGGUUGUCGUCGGAAAUAUGCCGGAGAUGGAGACCGGCAAUCGUUUUCCGGCCGGGCGUCAUCGCCGCCGGUCUGAGAAAAAAACACAGUAAGAAAGUUAAGAAUCGCUAAUUAAUAAAAGGAUUGGAAUUGCUAAAAGCGUUAGUUUAUAAAUCGCGUUUUUUACAUGUAGUACUAAGAGAGAGUGGCGGUGAAAUCGGAUAGCCAGCAUUUUGCGAUUAUUGAAAUUAAAAGAUUUCCUAAUCUAAUUUUUGCUAUAAAUGCAAAUUGUAUUAU